AUGACAUCUACACCUAUAGAUAGAUCAGCAGUCGAAGAUAUUGAUUGGAAUGCUUUAGAUAAACUAAAAAGAAAUGAUCUUCAAAGAUUGUGUAAAGAGUUUUCAUUGCCAAUAAAGGCCACUUCUAAAAAUUUAGAGAUAAUCGAUGCAUUGAAAUCAUUUAAAGCUGAAUACGACUCAAAACAGAAAGUAAUACAAGAACAAGAAAAAAAGAAACAAUCAACAGUAGACGACAAUGUAAAUUCAAAGAUCAACGAUUCUAUAGAGUCAACUGUACAACAAGCUGAUGUUGAAAUGACAAAUAACAAUGAAAACACCACCACCACCACCACAUCCUCCUCCGCCGAUAAAGAGGAUGAUCAUAAAGAAUCAAAGAAAGAAGAAGAAAAAGAAGAUGAUAGUCAAAUGAAUAUAGACGAACCAGUUUUAGAUGUGCAGGAUGUAGUAGAACAAAGUUUUACUGAUUCAUUACCAAUACCAAUAGACAAUGAUAAUAAUAAUAACAACAACAAUAAUAAUAUUAAAAGAAAUACUAUCAAUUUUAAGAAAAGACAAGAGAGUUCAGAUCAAUCAGAUGAAGCUACAACAGAAGUAGAGGAUAAGUUAGAACAAAAACAUAAGGGAUUAAAAUUUAGAAACUAUGUUCCAAGAGACAUUAGUUUAACACAAUAUAGACUACCAAAAAGUAAAGUACCACCUGUUGUCGAAGAGUUAUUAGAGAAACUAAAGAUAUUAGAGUCAAGUGCAGAGUCACAACAAUCAGAAGAGUCAAUUUCAUUCCUACCAAAGAAAGCGAAUUGGGAUCUUAAACGAGAUGUAGAAAAGAAACUGUCGAAAUUAGAUAAAAAGACAAAUAGAGCAAUUUAUGAUUUAAUUAAGCAAAAACUAGAUGCAGAGGAAUCUUCGAAUAUGGAUUUAUUAACUAGAGCAAUAAAUAAAUAUUAA